UAUGAGACGCGCCGAGCGGUAACACGCGGUCCCCGACUCGCCUUGACGCUUGCCGCUACAGUCACGAACCAACGCUCCGUAAAAAGUUACGAUGAAUUAUUUUCAUGCACAUAAGGUUCUUACAGUGUAUCGUAUAUCAACAAAACUAAUAUAUUAGACAAGUUUUCAUGAGAUGAAGUUUAGUUUAGUAAAAAUCGAAUGAUGUUUUUUUAAUCAUUGUGAUGAUGAUCAAUUUAAUUUUGUGAUGUUUAAGUUUACAAUUGAAGAAUAACGUACAAUGCACGCGGCUUGUAGAUAGUUUUCCAAGAGUCUGUGGCUGGCACAAAACGAAAUAGAAAUAUGCAAGGCGACGGUGUGGCGUAUUGCGUGCCAGAGGGGCAGGCUUUCCAGCGAGCCUAUGUCCGCAUCCACGGGUACAUCGCAUUACUCAUCUGCCUGCUGGGCAGUGCUGCCAAUUCCGUCAACAUCGCCGUACUCAGUCGAAAAGAGAUGAUCUCAUCUACAAAUUCUAUCCUCACCGGGCUGGCAGUCGCUGAUCUGCUUGUUAUGAUUGACUACAUCCCACUGGCGUUACAUAUUUAUACAGAUAUCUGCGCAGAACUCAAUCGCAAUUCAUAUGCAUGGGCUGUUUACGUCUAUUUUCACUCCAUAUUCAGUCAAACCUUCCAUACGAUAUCUAUUUGGUUGACGAUCACGCUUGCUGUUUGGAGGUUCAUAGCAAUAAAGUUUCCACAAAAAAAUAGGACGUUGUGUAACAAGAAGAACACCAAUAUCGCUAUCGGAGUGGCGUAUGCUGUGUGUCCAAUACUUUGUCUUCCCAUAUAUUUUGCGAUGAAAAUUCAAGAAAUUCCUUCUUCGUCGAAAAAUGGGCAUGAAAACGUUACAUUGAACGAUACGGAUAUAAUUAAGAAUGCAACAGUGAGCACGGAGCGAGAGUACGCUAUAGUGAUGACAGAUAAUAACGAGUUACUCACAGCUAUUUUUUGGAUUUACAGUGUGUUUAUAAAGCUCAUACCUUGUGUAGUGUUAUCAAUACUGAGUGUGCUACUAAUACUCAAAAUGAAGUCGAGUGAUAGAAGAAGACAAAAAUUACUGAAAAAAUCUGCAAUCACAACUAACGAGGGUGAGAAAGCCCGGUUGAACGAUGAUGGAGGCAAGCGAGCUGGAGGUGGCGGUGGACGCACAGACCGGACCACUCGGAUGCUGGUCGCUCUACUUGGACUCUUCUUAGCUACAGAACUACCACAAGCCCUCUUCGGCCUACUCACAGCUAUAGCUCCGCACCUCUUUCAAGUCUGUUAUUAUGCUUUUGGUGAGGUGAUGGAUUUGAUGGCAUUGGUGGGGUCCGCGGUGAACUUCGUGCUGUACUGCAGCAUGAGCCGUCAGUUUCGUUCCACGUUCACGCGGCUGGCGCGCAAGGUGCUGCCUCUGGGCACGCCAGCCGAGCCGGUCACCGCGCUGAAGGCGUAGCGCUCCCACACCGCGACCACCUCGGUCGCGAACCUGUGAAUCAACCACAAGGUACCAUGUCCCUACAUGUCUUCACGAAUUUCAACAACCAACAGCACACAAUGCGUUUGAACUUUAUUAAAAGUGAAUUAAGUGCAGUUUCACCAAACAAUGAAAUUAACUUUUUUAAUUUUGUAAGUUAAAGUUAAAGCGGUGCUUACUCUUCAACAUGUUGUAGUAAUUAGUGGCGAGGGAUUAAGCUACGAACCAAAUUGUUUAGUACUUAAAAGUAGGUAGUUUUAUUUAAGUAUUCUCUGUACAUUUUAUAAUCUGUAAGUUCUAUCUAAAAUCUAUUAGCAGUGUAAAUGUAUAGUGUACAGGCUAAGUACUGUAAUGUUAAAUUAGCUAUUUGUUGAACGUUUUGUUUACAGGGUUUUUGUUGUUACUUUGUUUGGAAAGUAUCUAGACAGUUGUUUAUUGUUUUAUUCCAGUUUGUUCUGGGCUAAAUCUAACUGUAAACACAUUUAUUGUUGGAGAAUCGAUUUCAAAGUUCAACAGAAAUUAGGUAGUCGUGUCUCUCAGAAACUGCAAAGUUGGAGAGCUUAGAGUUAAUGGAUUAAGUGUAUCUCCACAGUGCUGACGCUGAAGGAACGCUCCCUGCCUAGAGACUGUUUUAACGAGCCCGCUACUCGAUUUACAAACCUUUGCAUAUAAUUAUGUAAUUACUUGUCAAUCUGACCCAGGGACUGGUGUUUUGAGCAGCGUUUUUGAGAUUUAACUUUCUAGUCAUUUAAGUGUAGAAUUUCUUGGAACAAAAGUUGAGGUAUAUUGUGUUGCUGGAAUUGUUGUUAAUUGUUAGUAUCCUGUCUUCUUAGCACCGGUUUUGAAACUAGUGAUCCACUUUCGUUGCAAAUUAUACCUACUAUGUUAAACGCACAAGGCUACAGAAUGGAACCUUUAUUAAUUAGUUUCUACCUAGUUACAGUACAUGUUGUAUGAAAUAUUAAAGUGGGCCAAAUUCAAAGGACAUUGGAACUGGCUUUAACAUAUGGCUGAAUAAGCGUUGCUUCAUUCCAUUAAUCUCCUUAUUGUUGCGAGAAAAGGUUUUCGCUUGUGGCUUAUUGUGACUAUUCAGUUUAUCUUUAAAAAUCCAUGGAAAAAAACUUACAUUUA